AUUCAAACAAGAAAUCACCAAACACACAUCUCUUCUGCACUCUCAAAACACUAUGGAUACUUCCCUCUUUUCUUUGUUUGUUCCAAUCCUUGUUUUCGUUUUUAUCGCUCUUUUCAAGAAAUCAAAGAAACCAAAAUAUGUAAAAGCUCCUGCACCAAGUGGUGCAUGGCCCAUCAUCGGCCAUCUUCACCUUCUCGGUGGCAAGGAACAGCUUCUCUACCGAACCUUAGGAAAAAUGGCUGACCACUACGGUCCAGCCAUGUCGCUACAACUUGGGAGCAAUGAAGCAUUUGUUGUGAGCAGUUUUGAGGUGGCUAAAGAUUGUUUUACUGUGAACGACAAGGCCUUGGCUUCACGUCCUAUGACUGCAGCUGCAAAGCACAUGGGUUACAAUUUUGCUGUUUUCGGGUUUGCCCCUUAUAGCGCUUUCUGGCGUGAGAUGCGUAAAAUCGCAACCAUCGAGCUUCUUUCUAACCGGCGGCUUCAGAUGCUCAAGCACGUUCGUGUUUCUGAGAUCACAAUGGGUGUGAAAGAUUUGUAUUCCUUGUGGUUCAAGAAUGGCGGUACAAAACCAGUAAUGGUUGAUCUAAAGAGCUGGUUAGAGGACAUGACUCUGAACAUGAUCGUGAGAAUGGUGGCAGGAAAACGAUACUUUGGAGGCGGAGGCUCAGUAUCGUCGGAGGAUACUGAAGAGGCAAUGCAAUGCAAAAAGGCCAUCGCAAAGUUCUUUCACCUCAUCGGUAUAUUCACUGUGUCAGAUGCUUUUCCGACACUAAGUUUUUUUGAUUUGCAAGGACAUGAGAAGGAGAUGAAGCAAACGGGAAGCGAAUUAGAUGUGAUCCUUGAAAGAUGGAUUGAAAACCAUCGACAACAACGCAAAUUUUCAGGAACGAAAGAGAAUGAUUCAGACUUCAUCGACGUUAUGAUGUCGCUUGCGGAACAAGGAAAACUCUCGCAUCUCCAGUAUGAUGCAAAUACUAGCAUCAAAUCUACCUGCCUGGCACUGAUUCUUGGAGGAAGUGACACUUCAGCAUCAACCCUUACAUGGGCCAUUUCUCUUCUUCUAAACAAUAAAGAAAUGUUAAAGAAAGCACAAGAUGAGAUCGACAUCCACGUCGGCAGAGACAGGAACGUCGAGGAUUCAGACAUAGAAAAUUUGGUGUAUCUUCAAGCAAUUAUCAAAGAAACAUUGAGAUUGUAUCCAGCUGGUCCUCUCUUAGGCCCUCGAGAGGCGAUGGAAGAUUGCACGGUCGCUGGUUACUACGUUCCGUGCGGCACAAGACUCAUAGUGAACGUAUGGAAAAUCCAAAGAGAUCCGAAAGUUUAUAUGGAACCAAACGAGUUCAGACCAGAGAGGUUCAUUACAGGAGAAGCAAAAGAGUUUGAUGUGAGAGGACAAAACUUUGAGCUGAUGCCAUUUGGUUCAGGAAGAAGAUCAUGCCCAGGCUCUUCAUUGGCCAUGCAAGUGCUUCAUUUAGGUCUUGCUCGUUUCCUUCAUUCAUUUGACGUGAAAACUGUUAUGGAUAUGCCUGUUGAUAUGAGUGAGAACCCUGGCUUAACCAUUCCUAAAGCCACGCCUCUUGAGGUUCUGAUCAGUCCACGUAUUAAGGAAGAACUUUUUGUGUGAUUAACUAUUCCAGAAACAUAUAACUUCAAUACGGUUAUUGAAGGUGCAUUUUGAUGUGUGUGUGUUUUUCUUUUGUUGAAUAAAACCUACGUUUGUUUGUUUUCUCUUUAAAAUAAACUAGAUUCAAACCGCACAUUUGUGCGGUAUUAUGUUCGUAAACGUAUUUGUUUAAUAUAGUAUUUAUAUUUUGAACUCAAAUGAGUCUAGUAUUAAGUUUGGUUUCAGUUUGGUUUAGAUAAAACGAGUGAUCGAAUUUUA